AGCCCCAGGUGCGGACGCACAGCUUUCCCGACUCGUCCCCAGCGCGGCGAAGCUUUUGCCCGACGGUCGUCUGUCUGAACUGCUCUCCGGCGGCGCUGCCACGACCAGAGAGUGCAUCGAGUUGGAGUGGACCCUCAAAGGCCAUCGGCUCCCACUGCCCUGCAGCGCACGGGGACACCCACGGCUCUAUCGGUGCUCAGAGCCCCAUCCGCUGCCGAGUCGGUUUUCCACCACCACGUAGCAAAGCCCCAUUCACACGUACGGAUCCCCCGCAGAUCCCUGCAAGCACCAGCGCUGCCCGCACAGCCCGCACUGCUGGCAGUGGGCUAUUUCAGACACAGCGACUGAAAGGCAGCGGGAAUCGACCUCGGAUCAUUUCUCUGAAGCGUCCCACACUGCCAUCAAUUCCCUGUCACACAAAGAAGAGUUAAGGGUUAAUGAGUAACCCUGGUUAUUAAUAAGUGAUGGGGCUACAGGAGAACUUUAAACCCCAAAUAGGCGUCAGAACAUUAACUCUGAACACAGCUGCAGAGUGAGGUCCUCCUGUCUUGCAUUUCUGCUUCCAUGCCGUUUUGGCAGUCGAAAUGAUGCAGAUUUCUUUCCCAGUGAUAACUCUCACCUAUUUAACCACCUUCUGAAACCCCACUUUCUACAGUGUUUUCUUUAUACAGAGCACAGAGCAUGUGGGAACAGUGAAAAACGAGCACUGCUGUGAUAUGGUAGAAGGGAAAUCCAACCGCGUCGUGCAAGGCCAGGGAACACCGAGACAAAGAGAGCCCACAGAAGUGGCAAAUGCAAAAGGGGAUGGGAGCUGAGAGGCCGACCAUGCGGGCUCUGGGGCUGUUACAGGCUGUAAUGCUUCAGAGCCUUUCCAGGAUGCAGCUGGACGCACCGACACCCAUCCUGCAGGCUGAUGCUGCCGGGGCGGCUCCGGGCCUGACCUGCCCUGUAAUUAGUGGGGCUCAGCCCUGGGGACUGUUACCUUAAGUGCUGCUUAUGGGGAGGUGGAACGGAAGCGAUCCUGCAAACAUCUGUCUGAGUGCAUCUCCUGGGGCACCUCUGGGAAGCAGAAAUCAAACGCGAGGAAGGAGCCAGAUAGUUUUAUUUCACCGUCUGAUGGGUGACUGAAACACCAGAAGGUCACAGCAGAGACCGGAAGAGAGCAAAAGGAAUGGGGGAGAGCAAAGCAAAGCAGGAUGCUCCCCACUCCCCGCCCAGCCCCAAGGGCCGGGGAUCCCCAGCACAGCACUGUGCGGAGCAGACUUUGGCCUCCCGCUUCGUCCCCUUUGUUGCCCACACUGGGGGCCAGGAACCCGACUCCUUCAAGUUCCUCUUCUACACACGGCACUGCUCCAACUCGUACAGCCCUUUCUACACCGCCCAGAGACCGACCUGCGGGUACCUCUUUCACCACGACACCGAUCACACCAGGAAGGUGAUGGACAUCCAGAGCGCUAACAUCGUGAAGUGGGGACCCAUCCCAACUCAAAGCUAUAGUGCAGACCAAUAAACCCAAGCAGUGAGAGCA